CACCAGUUGGAAGUUUGAAUCAGCUUUCUCAUGAUUGUUGGCGGUGCUCGGGCCCUUCUGAUUUCAUCUCGGAUGAGGUUUGCCGCCGCCACAGCACCUCGAAAAAGACACCCACGGAAAAAAAAGGCGACGGCAGGCUCAGUGGAGCUCGCCGAGGUGGAGGCGAUCCGAGAGGCCGAAGCCGACCCCCCUAAACAGGCGGCCUACCAGGUGAUGUCAGAGGAGCUCCGACAGCGGGUAGAAGCUGCCUUCGUCGCGGAAGCCAAUCGUCUGAAGGCCGAGUUAAUUCCUGUCGCGAAAGCGAUAGAGAUCUUCUACAAGACUGGAAUCGUCCAUCCUAGGCGAUGGAAUGUGCCAGAGAUCAUCGAGGAAUUGCGGUAUCGCGGAUUCUCAAGUGGCUUCCACGUGAAACCGACGUACUACCCCCAGCCACCAGACGCCGUCAAUAAGGGGAAUGUGAUUGAACUCGCUAAGUGGCUAAGAAUUGUAGACAGGAAGAAGCGUGAGAUUGAGGCGCAGAACGCCGCCAAUAAAUGAAUUCUUUUGCUCUGUCGUCAUGCUCGUGAAAAGAAAGGUUUCUGC